AUGAACAUACUUUUUAUCUUUGUUCUAACAUUAGGUAUUAUAAAAUGUAAUGAAAUAUCUAUUUUAAAUCAAACAAAAUUUAUUGUUAAAAAAUUUUAUUCAUUAAAUGGUUAUAAUUUAACUAUUAAAAAUACAGAUUUAAAAUUAAAUACUGCUGUUCAACAACGUUUAAUUGAAAUCUAUUUUGAUAUAUAUCCACGUCUGAUAAAUCGUUUUAAUACAAACGCUCCUCGUUCUAUUCAUGUAUUUAUUGAUGGUUUAAAUAAAUAUCCAUAUUGGGGUUUAGCAGUUGAUUCAACAAUAAUUAUUAAUUCAUAUCGACUACGAAAUCCAACAUCAUUUGCACGUUAUUAUGAUAUAUUUCUUCAUGAAUUAGCUCAUCUAGUUCAACAAUAUACAACACGGAAUCUAGCCGAUGUUAAAUGGUUAGGUGAAGGUCUUGCUGAUUAUGUUCGUUAUAGAUAUGGUGGUUCAAAUAUUGAUGCUGAUUGGUCAUUACCUGAUCAUACUAAUAAACAAUCUUAUUAUGAUAGUUAUAAAGUAACAGCAAGAUUUCUUAUCUGGCUUGAAAAUAAAUAUAAUUCAAGUGUUAUUGAACAACUUGAUAAAGGUUUACGGGAUGUUACAUAUAAACAAAAUACAACAUGGAAUGAAUUAACUGGACAAUCUAUUGAAAACUUAUGGUUAGAUUAUAGUCGAAAUUCAGAUUUAAUUACUAAUAUUCCAUUUAUACAAGUAACGAAAACAUUUGAAAAUGAUAAUAUUACAGAUGAUGAUCUUGUAAAUUGA